GCGGAAAAAAACGGAAAGACCUGGAGGCGGCGGCGGCAACGUUGCGGCAGCAAGAGAUGGCUGCCUUGGAGGCACAGAUCUUGAAGUGGCAAAAGAGCGGCAAAGCACCGUUGCCCAUGGUGCGUCUAUGCUUUGUGGGACGUGGACAUGCCGGUAAGACCACGACCUUGAGGCGCUUAAAAGGAGAAGAUGUGAAAGAGGGCGAAGAAUUCUCUACCUAUGGUAUUGAAGUUUGGGCUUGCGAGAGAUCAGAAGGACUUGAUGCCCGUGAUGAUGCUUGGAAGCAAUGCAAAGGAAACCUUCUGGAUGAUUGCGUAGCGAGGAGCUUCCAGGGCAGACGCACCGAUAUUAGCAACGAGGGAACAACUGGAGAUGAAGCUCGAAGUCGGUCAAAGGAGGAAGCGCCUGACCCAAGACAUGAAAUAUCUCAAAGUGGCAAGCCGGAGGAGGGGCCUCAGGGUGGCAAGAAGGAAGACCUUAAGGAACAUGUCAAUAGAGUGAGUGGAGGCGAGGCCCGAACUGCAUCUGAGGGCCUUCAGAAUGAAGGUCAAGAAGAUAGGGGUCCUAUACUGGCACGGCAAAUGGGUGUUGAGCUGGUGCUCAACGCAUCAGAUGCCAACAUUGCACCACGUCUACAAUGCUUCGAUUUUCCGGGGCAGCGAGAAUACGCACUCAUCAACAUGAUGUACUUCCACGGUCGUGGAAUCUACUUGGUAUUUUGUGAUAUGAGUGUGGAGCUGGAAGAAGCCUGGAAGGACUUGAAACUAUGGCUUUGGGCCGUGAACCGCUAUGCAAAUGCUGUGAAUGGCUUGGGUGGUCAGAACGCCAAGUCGCCACCCAUCAUCGUCAUUGGCACAAAAUUUUUGAAGCGAAAGUUCGAUCAAAAGGAUUUGCGAAAGCGCGUUGACGACUUCAUCACGAGACAGAUGCCAGGUUUGCGUCAGCGGCUUCAAGGUUUUAUUUGCUUAGACAACUUCUCAAGAGAUAUCAAGCAACAAAUGCAUGACCUGAGGAGUCAACUUCAUGAGUUGACGAUGCAAGUGCUCACGACAGAGGAGUCCUGGAAGGAGAAAAGUGGUAGGUCUGAUGUGCCACCGCACAUUGGACUUCAAGCCGAAGCCUAUCCACUUGCGUGGAUCCAAGCGCAUGAGCUUCUGAGCGAUCUGGAUGGUGGUGUCACAAUGAAGGUGAGCCCAAAGCAGUUGCGAGAGAUUUUGGAAGUCAAGGGUGACAUACCUAAACUCCAAGAGGAACUUGCUGGCACGCAUGUGCCGAUGGGGCACCAUGUCAUUGCUCCAGCAGGCUCAGCGGUGCGACGCGUAGUUGAAGGAAGAGAAGAGGGGACUGGCCUCCAACAAGAGAGGAGUGAGCAAUGGAGCAUCGAAAAGCUUCGAAAUCACCUGUCACAACACGAAGAGUCGGUCUCGAUCGAGGUGUCAUGUGACUUCUUGACAUUGGAUCAGGUCAAAGCAUUGCUGGCCAAGAUGAGACCAAAACCUCUCUCAGGGGAUGAUGUGACAGGAGUGCUACAACUCAUGCACGAUCUGGGUGUAGUUUUUUGGUUGGAUGAAGAUGAUUUACGAGAGACCGUGGCCUUGAAUGUGCGCAAACUUUCACUUGCCCUGUCAGCAUUGAUCGGUUUGCGCUAUUGGGAUGAAUGCAAGUUUGAACACAGCGAAGCCUUUCUUAGCAAGUUACAGGGAAGCACACAGGGUGUUUCAGACGAUGUUCUUCGGUUUCAGACAAGUGGUAUUGCAAGCACGAGGCUCUUGGAGUGUGCGUGGGAAGGCUUUACUGAGCUUCAACAGAAAUUGAUGCUGGAGGUCAUGCUACGAAAAGGACUCCUAGUUCGGCGAGCAGUUCUUGGGGAGUACGCGGUGCCGUCUUGUCUUCCUCUCACAUUUUUAGCAGAACCACCUUGCGGGGCAUCAAGCGCUGUUGUUUACGUGAACCUGGAGGGUUUUGUUUCUGCAGUUCUUUUCCCAAAGAUCGUGGAGUACCUUUGUGAAAAGAAAUAUGUUCAAUUGACCUCCCCACCCCAAGCGUUCAGAAACUACAUCGAGCUGCGCUCUGAUGAUGUGUUCAUCAUCAUGUCACUUGCUUCAGUGGCAAAGCAACGAUUGCUACGCAUCCAAGCAAUUGCAGAAGAUUCAAAAGCUGAAGAGGCCAGCCAAACGGCCAAGAGCCUAGCUGAUGCCUUCUCAGAAGCACUUGGGCUUAAGGCACUGCCCUGCACAAAUCCAUCUGACUCCCACAAGAUAGUUCAUUUGCAGGAGAUGCUUGGUCUCAAUUUGUCAGAACAUGAACAUGAACUUCCUGCCCACGUGCUCCUCCAGCACAACCCGUGCCUGAACUUGAAGUGUUUCAGGAGCUGCGAUGAUUGCGCUCGUUCAGAGAUGCUUUCGCUACUUCUCAAUGAACGCUUUCUUCCAAACCUUGGCCUGGAAUUGCGACAGAUCAUCUCCAGCUCCUCCUUGCAGAAGUUCUCCCGGCCAUUCGGAAGCUUUCGGUUUGACAAUGUGUGGUUUCCAGGUGACGUCGAUAUCGAGGAAUAUGUGGUCGUCAAGGUUGAAGGACCAACGCUGGAUGCGGAAGAGCGCAAGGUGGAAGCCCUAAAGAAAUUGAGUGAGGAGAUUCAACGCAUGUGCAAAAACAUCCAGGGUCUUUCGGAUUCAGAAUUGGUCCAAUGCUAUUGGUCCGGUCUCAAGGCUGGAGUCGAUAUCAGUGGUCGCACUUUGACAUGGACAGCGGAUGAAGUCGUGAAGGGAACAAAGGACGGAGUUCCGUUGCACGAAGCUUUGAGGCAGGGCCAUCGGUCCUGGACUGCAAAAGUUGACUUGUUCGCCAAAGUGAAUCUCUUUGCAGAUGUGGAAGGGCAAGUACCCCACUUUCGUGAAGUCACGAAUGUCAUCCGCUUUGGAUAUCGCCAGGAAGGCUCUCAGGAAGGCUCUCACAUCAUCCACCCGGUGACGCAGGAAAAGGAUUUUCUCAAGGCGGUUCAGGACAACAUUCGGGACUACUCUUCGGCGCAUCCGAAGGCCAUGAAGUACGUGAAACGCCUCUGGGAGCGAAGUGCCUUUAUGGCGCAAAGGGGGUUUCACUGCAAGGAGCACUUCCAGAUGUUGGAAGCUUUGAAACCGAUCUUUCGACAUUGGGCGGCGCAACUGGCUCAAAUCUCUGCACAUGCCGAGACAUUAUUGAACAUGUUGGAAUCAACGAGGGUCUCAAAGAAUGUACAGCAGCAACGAGACGCCAUCGAGGACCUGAACGUGCUUGGCAGCGAUGUGGAAGUGCUUUACGAGAAGUGCCAAAGUCUUACUGACGACCCAGCGGCUGAAGAGGGAGUCAAGUGCUUGCAAGAGGUAUUGGACCUUUUGGAUCCCUUCCAACCCUAUGCAGAUGCCGAUGUGGAGAAAGUGAUGGAUGUCCUCAAGCAGGUCGAGGAGCUCAUGAGCUGUUGUGUUGAGCUGGUGAUCAUUAACUGGCUUGGGGACCGCAGCAAAUUCACCAGUCCCGUCUCCAAAGCGCUCCAGGACGGGUGGGUCUUUCCGUCCGAUCACCUUCCGAUUGGUUGCAGCAUCAUGACCGAAGUCGGUGGGUCGAAGGCUACAUUCAACGUCGCGUCGUGGAACGUACUGAACCAACGGUACAUGAAAGACGUGCUCAACGACGCACAGGGCUUGAAGUGUUCCAGCUUGGCUACACAGAGUGUAGGGGACAGGAAGAAGGUUAUUUGUACGAAAGUGGUGGAGAUGCUCGAGCACUCGGAUUUCCACAAGCACAUUUUGUGCCUUCAAGGGUGCUGGCCUGCUCUAUUGGAUCUGCUGGAUAAACAUAUCUCUUCAAAAGGUUUUCUCCUGCUGCGCUGGUGCAAGGAGUCCCCGAACCAGGAGGCGAUGAUUGUCGAUACAAAGAUGUUUGACGUCCAGAUGCCGAAGGACCUUCAAACACAUCAUGUGUUCAAAUCAGACCAGGGGAAGGCUGUCACAGAGGUUCUGCUGUCGCUGAAGAAUGGCAAUCGGAAGUUUCGGAUUGUCACCACGCAUCUUCCUGGCAAGCCUUUUGGCACUGCCCGGCGUGAAUUCUGCGACUUCAUUCAAAAACGGAAGGAGGACCAUGAAGCAAUACCCACCAUUCUCGCUGGCGACCUCAACUUCCCAGAAGAGGCUAUCCGCCCCCUACUGAACAAGCGCGAUGGCAAGAUGGAGAACGUGAAGUUUGUCCCAAUCCCAUAUCCGACCAAUAUAUGUCAGGGAUCUCUUCUUCCAAAGAGGAUUGAUUGCAUUGCAUUGCUGUCGGGCCACGAGAUGGUGAAGGUGAAACCUUUGUCAGCAGAGAAUGUCCUUCCUGGCCUGGCAGACAUGGUGAAACUCUUGGAGUCCAGGUCUUGGGAGCUUGCAGAGGUGAAGAUGGACAUGAGAGAGCAAGCAUAUCAGGCGAGAAUAAAACAUCAAUUGGCCGAACAGAGGAGAAUGGAUGAGGAAAAGAAGAUGCGAAGAGCGGCGCUUGCGAGAGUAAAGAGAAUGGAGGAGGAAGAGAAGAAGCGAAGAACCGAGUUUGCAAGAGAGCAGAACGAGAUGGAAGCGACAAAGGAGGAGCUCGAAGCCACCAAGAAGGCCCUGGAGGAAGAAAAGAGACUCAAGCAGGCAAGAGAAAAGAAGACGGAAGCAAUCGAAGAGGAGUUGGAAUUGACACACAAGCAACUGGAAGAGACGAAGAAGGAGCUGGAGGAAAGGAGCCUGAAGCAGGCAACAGAAAAGGAGGAGAUCGAAGCAUUGAAGAAGGAACUGGAGCAGGAAAGGAGCCUGAAGCAGGCAAAAGAAAAGGAACUGGAAGCGAUGGAGAAGAAGCUGGAGGAAGAAAGAAGACGGAAUCAGGCUGCAAGCUCAGCGCGUACAGUGGAUGCCACGUUCGAAGCCAUGCCGCCAUUGGGACACAAAACGAACCAGGUGCUGAAUGUUUCGGAAGCUCGGCUUGAAGAAGUCUUCCAGCACCUUCAGGAGCCGACGGAGGCCUCGGAUGUGAUGAUGGCAUCCAAGCUGAGCGAGGCGAUGCAGCUUUGCCGCAUGAACCCAGAGGAGUUUGAGGUGACCGCGCUCCUCGACCGUUUGGGCAGACCAGAUCACUUCAACCUGCAGACCUUCAAGCAGGUCAUCAAGGAAACUCUCGCUGAGUGGUCUCAAAGAGAUGAGGUGCAAGAAGUGCUCAGCAGCUUCCAAGUGUUCGACCCUGAACGCACCGGUUUCUUGUCUCGAGAUACAAUCCAGCAUAUCAUGUGCCUCGGAGGCAACGGAAUCACGGAGGAGCAGUUGGAGGACAUGCUCAAGGACGCGCCCUCAAACGGUGCGGGCUUUGAUUAUAUUUAUUUGGUGCACUACUUGCUCGGGCCGGAGGUGAACAAUCCUGGCAGAGCACCAGAAGAAUCCUGAAGUCAAUGAAGGCUCCCCCCGAUACGCAAAGAUGUGAGCCUGAAACUCGUGGAGGGCGGCUGAUCCGCCAGCAUUGAAGUGC